AUGCAGAGAGGAGAGCGGGAGGCGGCUGAGAGGACGGCGGGGAAGGAGACGACAGAAGGGAAGAAAGACAGAGAGGAGAAAGGAGACCUGAAGACAAGGGAGGAGAGGAGGCGAGGAAACGACGCGGAGGAGGACGCAGGUAUGCGGAGAGGAGUGCGGGCGCAGGCGGUGAUGACGGAGGAGAAGGAGACGAAAGAAGGAAGGAGAGAAGGAGCGGAGAAUGCAGGCCUGGAGACAAAGGAGGAGAGAAGGCGAGGGGACGAUGAGACGGGGGAGAGGAGGAAAGUACAGAGCGGUGUAACUCCCACAGAGACUGGCGAGGAGUCCCAUGCAUCACAGACGUGCUUCAGGGAAGGCUGCAGUCAAGUGCGUCAUCCAGAGAGCAGAGGCCACCUGUGUAACGUCAUCAUGGCCACUGUCACCCCCCGGCGGACGCUGGUCUUCGAGAUCCAGAAGAGACUGUCUGAUUUGAGUGUAAGCCAGUUACGGAGAGUUGUAAGUUACAUCGAUACAACUAGCAGAGUUGAUGAGCUGAGUGAACCAGAACUGUAUGACCUGAUUGUUGACUAUAUAAGAGGUGAAGAAUUGACCGCCCUGGAGGAUGAAGGCAUGGCCCAACUCCUUGCCUUCGACGACAUGUUGAGUGACCUGCUGGCCACGGACCCCAGCGUGGGUGAAGUUCAGAUCGAGAUUCAACAAGCCACCAGCAGGGGAGCUCCACUCCCUCAUCCUGACCACAACCAUCUAGACGGUUAUCCAUCUCCACCGACCACAGACAGUUCCACACAUCCACCACACAUGGACAGAGACAUUCACCGUACAUCGCCCACGAGAAGAGACACUGGUAUGCCAGCUGAGAACCUCACCACUUCAAUGCCGGCCAAGUCACUCUCCACCGGUGUUGGUGGUGCUCUUCCUGGUAGAGUGAGUCUAUCCACUAGUAUGGGAGAUCAGGUUAGUGACGACUUCCUCUUAGAUCAAAUCACUAAGUCUACGAGUGAAGAGGCAGAAAGACUAAAGCGCCUGGGCACAGUAGCAAAACCUCGACCAGUGACUCCUUUGGAGAUCACUGCAGCUAAUGGCACAGACGUUCCUUUUGAUGGCUGGGUAGAUGUUGAACUUCAGGUCUGUAGACGAAACACCAGUCCAAGCGUCCUACAACUCAGUUCCCAAACCCUGUACAAAGAGGUAAAGGACUAUGUCCAAAACCUGCUCGACCAUGGCUGGAUCAGAAAGUCCACCUCACCCUACUCAUCUCCUGUGGUCUGUGUCAGAAAAAAGGACAAAAGUUUACGUCUGUGUGUUGACUUUCGGGGCUUGAACCGCAAAACUGUCGCAGACCGCCACCCUCUUCCACGCAUCCAAGAUCUGUUAGAUAACCUGGGGGGCUACUCCUGGUUCUCAAUACUCGACCAAGGCAGUGCUUACCAUCAAGGUUUUGUUGAUGAGAGCUCCAGACAUCUGACUGCCUUCAGCACGCCUUGGGGCCUGUACGAGUGGAUCCGCCUUCCAUUUGGCCUUACCAACGCUCCAGCCGCAUUUCAAAGGUGCAUGGAGGGAGUGCUCGAUGGUCUAAGAGAUGAGUGCUGCUCUCCAUACUUGGAUGACGUUCUUUGCUUUUCUAAGACCUUUCGUGACCACGUUGAUGACCUGAGGCAGGUGCUGUGCCGCCUGCGAGAACAUGGUGUUAAACUACGCCCAAACAAAUGUGAGCUGUUUAAAAGUCAGGUCAGAUAUUUAGGGCGCCUAGUGACCAGUGAAGGUAUCAAGAUAGACCCUAAAGAUCUUGAGGCAGUUCAACAAUUGAAGGAUAGAGAGCCAAAGAAUGUAGGCGAGGUCAGAGCUCUUCUAGGUUUUCUAGGCUAUUAUCGAACCUUCAUACAGGACUUUUCCCGGAUAGCAAGGCCACUGUUUAAACUCCUAGACAGUACAAGUGAGUCUAGCCAGACAGCUAGCUCAGUUAGAUCUAACAAGACCAAGCCAAAGGUGUUACAAAGUGGUCAGUUAUCAUCCAAGACCCCUGUCCAGUGGACACCAGAACACAGUGCUGUGGUGUCGCGCCUUGUUGACAUGCUCAUCAGUCCACCCAUAUUGGCUUACCCAGACUUUAAUUUGCCCUUUGUCCUCCACACUGACGCAUCAAAUGAAGGUCUGGGAGCUGUGCUCUAUCAACAACAGGGAAAGAAACUCUGUGUCAUUGCUUACGGGUCCAGGACCCUCACGCCGGCUGAAAAGAACUAUCACUUUCACUCAGGCAAGCUCGAGUUCCUGGCGCUGAAGUGGGCAAUUUGUGAUAAAUUUAGAGAUUAUCUUUAUUAUGCCCCCACCUUCACCGUAUAUACGGAUAAUAACCCCCUUACUUACAUCCUGAGCACCGCCAAGUUGAACGCUGUAGGACACCGCUGGGUGGGUGAGUUAGCCGACUUCCAAUUCACCAUUAGAUAUCGGCCAGGCAAGUCAAACGCAGACGCUGACACCCUGUCAAGAUAUCCCGUGCCACUUCACGACCACCUUAAAGAGUACACAGAGACAAUGCCCCCAGAUGUAAUCUCUGCCAUCUGGCAGGGGGACAAAGCUGCCGAAGACAGUGAUGUACCCUGGGUGGCCGCACUGCAGAUGAAUCCGGUUGAGGAUGAACCACCUCAUGAAGGCAUUCCAGUUAUCACUCCUGAAAGCAUCAAAGCUGCUCAGAAGGAAGAUGCUCCCAUCUGUGAGGUGAUAAACCUGAAAAAAAGAGGAUGGAAUCCUAACGACAAAGACAAGCGACAAAUGGGUAGAGAGACACGCAGGCUAGUCCACGAGUGGAACAGACUUACACUUGACAAGGGAAUAUUGUACAGGCAGAUAGGGCAAAGGAAACAGUUGGUUCUCCCCAGUAAGCUUAAAUCUACUGUACUAAAACAUCUUCAUGAUGAUAUGGGACAUGUUGGCGCAGAUAAAGUCAUCCACUUGGUGAGGGAGAGAUUUUAUUGGCCCUUUAUGCAACGUGAAAUCGAAGAUUACGUCAUUCGCCAGUGCCAGUGUAUUAAACAGAAGCAGCCAGGCAUUCCAGAGAGAGCACCUAUGGGUUCAAUAACAACCAGUGCCCCCUUUGAGCUCAUCUCUGUUGACUAUCUCCAUCUUGAAAAGAGUAAAGGUGGUUAUGAGUACAUUUUAGUCCUAGUAGAUCAUUUUACUCGCUUUGCACAAGCCUACCCAACCAAGAACAAGUCAGGCAGGACAGCAGCUGAGAAAAUCUUCUUGACUUUAUCCCACGCUUGGAGUCAGCAUGCUCCCGAGAAAAAACGGAAACAGAGAAACAGUCAGGUUCAUCCCAGUGAAACAGUUGACAGGGAGUCUGAACAUUCAGAUGAUGAGGAAGAGUACACUUAUUGUCUGAGGUCAAUACCUGCGUAUGAAAUGAGAAAAGUCAGUGCCCGGUCCGAACUAGGGAAUGAACUCAGAGCUGUAGCUCCUGAAUUUCAGCCAGUGAGACGAGUUACUGAGACAACUCAAAUGCAACAGCCACAUGAACUUGAUCCGGUUCCAGUGCCAGGGUCAGUACAGAUAGCAAUACCGGCCACUACACCACCAGCUGAGGGACAAGUGAGGGAUGAUAUAAUGGAGGCAGUGGUAGAGGAGCAAGGAGACUGUGAACUUGUCACAGAGCUGCUAGAGGAGGAAAUGCCAUCGGUGAGGAGGUCAACCCGAGCAAUGAAACCUCGUGAGAUGCUCACAUACAACCAUUUUGGACAACCUUCAUACCAGCCCUGGAGGCCAGGAGUAAACAUGAUGGUUGCCUGCGUUCCGUACCCCAUGUCAUGUUACCCAGCUAUCCCUGAACCCUGUUACUACCCUGCACCAAUAUGGACAUACUAG